AUGGGUCUUUUAGAGUUUGAUCAAUGGUCGAACCAGACGGAGCAGUCAGACAGAUCCCGGAUGUGUUCCAAGUUAAUUGGACUGACCCCGGGACAGCGUAGGAUUUGCAGACGACAUAAAGACCACAUGCCAGCCGUGGGGAUUGGAGUCAGGAAAGGGAUCCAGGAAUGUCAACAUCAAUUCCGGGAUAGAAGGUGGAACUGUUCCAUCACGAAAGACGAAACUGUUUUCGGUCCACUGACUUUGAUAGCAUCCAGAGAAACAGCUUUUACUCACGCUAUUACAGCAGCUGGUGUCAGUCUGUCUCUCUCUAGAGCUUGUCGUGAUGGCAGAAUUAGCUCGUGUGGUUGCAGUCGAGCUAAUAGACCUAAACAUCUCAACAAAGAUUGGCUUUGGGGAGGCUGUGGAGAUGAUUUGGAAUAUGGAUACAGAUUCACAGAAGACUUCGUCGACAUCAGGGAAAGAGAGCGAAAAGUCAAGAGAGGCAGUAGAGAGCAGGGCAGGCAGCUUAUGAACAGACAUAACAACGAGGCGGGCAGACGGGCUGUUAUAAAGAAGUCCCGGGUGACGUGUAAGUGUCACGGCGUUUCCGGUUCCUGCAGCCUCAUCACUUGCUGGCAGCAGCUGCCGAGCUUCAGGGAAAUAGGUGAUUUCUUGAGGGAUAAAUAUGAGGGUGCUACCGAAGUACGAGUAUCUAGACGAGGGAAGCUGCGUCUCAGCGAUCCACACUACAGUAUGCCGACGGCUCAAGACCUCGUUUAUUUAGAAGAAUCUCCGAACUAUUGUAUACGAAACGAAACUAUGGGAUCUCUGGGAACGACCGGUCGUGAAUGUACCAGGACAUCAUCAGGCUUGGAGGGGUGUGCGCUAAUGUGCUGCGGCCGCGGAUACAACACACAUAGAAGCGUCUUGAAAGAGAGCCAAAGGACAUCGAUGAAGAAAAAGAAAAGGAGUAUCCAGAAACUGUUUGAAAAACUUCGCAACGAAACAAAUUCACUGAACGGCACAGUCAUUGAAGUAGACCUUGAGUGUUCUAGACUCCAAGAGCAAGAUACAAAUAAACUCGAAGAAAGUCUGAUAGUAAUCGGUGACGAUGACGAUAUGUGCCCAAUAGAAUGCUCAACUCCAAAUACCAGCAGAAUAAACGAAAACGCCAAUAACUCCAAUAUAAGCUAUCAAGAAGAAGUCAUAAAUUUAACAAAGGAAAUUAAUAGAGAUUCUUAUUUAACUAUAGAUCUUACAACUGAUAGUUUAAAUGGUUCCAGUCAGUUUGGGAAUACCGUCAUAGAUUUAGAUAAUAGUAAACAAACUACAACAUCCAACGAUAGUGUAUCUAUGAGUGGAGACUCAGAUGUAACUGUUGUAAAUAUGAAACAAACGAAUAAGAAUAAAGAAAUGAAGAAGUUUGUUAACGGUAUAUCGAAAAUGAAUUCAUCAGAAAAGGGUCGGCUAUUAGAGAUUAUUGCUCAGAAGAUAUUCAACGGAUGUAAAAGUCCUUGCAGUACCAAAAGUUUGAAUAUGUUCAAGCGAGAAUUAAAACAAACUAAGGAGACCGAUGAGAGUGUGUACAUAAAAGAAGUGAUUGUCGGCAAGUCAUCUUCACGAAAUAGCAUCGGCAGUAAUAUAUACAAUCCCGAGCGAGAUAUAAGGAAUAGAAACGGAUUAAGGAUGAUAGUGAUCGAUGGAAGUAAUGUUGCCAUGCAGCACACUAAAGGAAGAUCAUUCUCAGUCAGAGGCCUUAAAAUUUGUAUCGAUUAUUUUGUUAAACGAGGUCAUGUUGUAAAGGCUUUUGUACCACACUUUAGAUGUAAAUAUGGUAAAAGCACUGAUCCGAGAUUAUUAGAUGAACUUGAACGUCAACAAUUGGUUGUGUACACACCAUCGAGGGAAGUACAAGGAAAAUUAAUAACUUCAUACGACGACAGAUACAUUGUUCAGUGUGCGGCCGAGUUUGAUGGUGUCAUAGUGUCCGGUGAUAACUAUAGAGAUUUACUUCAAGAGAAUCCAAGAUGGAGGUUUGUUAUAGAAAACAGACUUCUACAAUUCACAUGGGUCGGAGAUAUGAUUAUGUUCCCAAAGGACCCACUCGGCAGACAUGGACCACCGCUCGAACAAUUUCUAAGACAUAGUUAA